AUGUCGGGGUAUUCGGAGACACUGUGUAAUCUGUUGGACUUGGACACAGAGGAUCUUAGCGAGAACUCCCCAGGCUGUGACAUGUACGAGCCUGCUCAACUCUACCACAGCUCCUAUCACACGCAGUACGGGUUCCAGUUUGGCGUGGUUCACCGCGCAGCCGCCAAUGUCAGAGAGCGGAAGCGGAUGAUGAGCAUCAAUGGCGCUUUCGAAGAGCUACGUCUGCAUGUCCCCACAUUCCCGUUUGAAAAACGUUUGUCCAAAAUCGACACCCUGAGACUAGCCAUUGCUUACAUAGCUUUGCUGAGGGACAUUUUGGUGUCCGGGGCUGACCCGCUAGACUUUGUGGAGAACACCAUGAGAGACGGACGGCAUGAGAACAACGCGGAGUGGAAUACCAGUGACUUGAUGUCUCGCCUGUCCUGGGUACGCUGGGAGAACCUGGGCGCCCGUCGUUUCGGCUCUGUGCCGCCCUCCAACACCCACGGUCAAGGCUGCUCACAUGCCCAAGUGGAGUAAGACAGGACCUGCCAGUAGCGAGAUACCCCGGGUUCCGAUUGUAAGUGGGAUUGAUGUAUUAGUAACGUUCCCAACGACUUAAUCAAGGUCAUGUAGGAGGCAGGCUGUUUUGACUUUGAGCCUGCCUGUCAGGGUCAACUCAGACUCUGUCAUCAGAAGGAUACAUACAUGUACAUCAUCCCAGCAGACUGGAGUUACCCAAUAAAAAGCUUCCUCAUUUGGGAUCGAACUCAUACCCUCUGAGUGUAAUAACAGGUGUCAGAGUUGUGAGCUCCCAAAAUAUGGAACAGAGAUGUUAGAGUUAGAUAGAUGAAAGUGUGUUUGGCCAAUUAUUCCCAGUGCCAAAGGGAAUAAAAAGAGGUC